GCGAACUGUGUUAAUAUCUAUCUGAAGUGUGGCUAGCUACUAGCUGCUAGCAUAGCUCAACAGUCAAUGCUAACUAACGUUAGCCGCUGAGCUCGAUUCGUGCUACGGAAGUAACGUUGUGUUCCUCUGCUCGGAUGCAGCGUUUACACUGAAUGCUGCAAACCCCACGAUGGACUCCAGUGGGAAACCCUCAACUGCACAAGUUGUGGUUUUAGCCACCAGCUCCGCUUUGACUGCGCUCUUCUAUUCCAUCUACAAGAGCCGAGCUACAACGGUGGCCAGGUUAAAAGGAGCCAAAAGAGUUACCAUUGACCAGGGUUUGAAAAAGAUCCUGUCUGAAACUCCUGGACGAUGUGUCCCGUAUGCCGUCAUAGAAGGGGUCGUGAGGUCUGUGAAGGAAACUCUGAACAGCCAGUUUGUUGAUAACUGUAAAGGCGUGAUUGAGAGACUCACCCUGAAGGAGGAGAAGAUGGUGUGGAAUCGCACCACUCAUCUCUGGAACAACACCGAGAAAGUCAUCCACCAGCGCACCAACACCGUUCCCUUUUCUCUCGGGUCUCACGACGACGGAAUCGCUGCCGCGGUCCGCGUGGUCCGCCCGCUGGACGCCGCCGAGUUGGACCUGGAGACCACGUACGAGAACUUCCACCCCACCCUCCAGUCCCUGUCCAACGUCAUCGGCCACUUCAUCAGCGGCGAGCGGCCCAAGGGCAUCCACGAGACCGAGGAGAUGCUGCGGCUGGGAGAGGGCGUCACGGGCGUCGGAGAGCUGGUCCUCGACAACGACCUGAUCAAGCUGCAGCCCCCAAAGCAGGGCUUCCGCUACUUCCUCACGCGGCUGGAUUACGAGUCUCUCCUCAGGAAGCAGGGCAACAGCGUGCGGCUGUGGAGGAUUCUGACCGUGGCGUGCGGCGUCGCCGCCUGUUCCACCCUCCUGUUCAUCCUGUGGCGGCAGUACCACCACCACAGGGCGAGCAGGAAGGAGAGGAGCCUGCUGCAGGAGUUCAAGGAGCAGCAGAAGAAGCGCAUGCGCGAGCUCAACGUGGAGGAGGGCAGCGUGUCGCCCUCCAGCUGCAGCGUCUGCCUGGGCCGCGAGCGGUCCUGUGUGUUCCUCGAGUGCGGUCACGUGUGCGCGUGUCUUCAGUGCUUCAACGUCCUGCCGGAGCCAAAGAAGUGCCCCAUCUGCAGGGCGCCGAUAGACAGGGUGGUGCCCCUCUACAACAGCUAGUGUCCCGUGAGAAGUGUGCUUUUCAUCCCACGGUGGGACGUCUGAGACCGGGGGGGGGGAAAAAGGAAUCAUUCAUCUCUUGAGAGGGAAUGAGUAUUCCUCAAACUGACAAUUAUUGGUGUUAAUAAUUGUCAGUUUUUACAUGCCACCAAAGAGCGAGCGCACACAGUCAGGCCCUUCAGAAUACACUUCAAGGGCGUAUUUAUCGGUUUAAAAGGGUGGUAUAUAUUUAAAUACAGCACAUAAAUCCUAACCAUAGAAAUGUUUCAGCUAACGGGCUCGUUGACCCCACUCAGUCUUCACAUUUGACAUUGGAAACACGUAGAGGCUGUUUGUUCUACCUAACCCUUCCUUACUGUUGGGAUUUUUUUCUUUGGUAAGUCGUUGUGGUUCAACUUGUACACGGUUCUCUCAGGUCGUUUUUUAUGUUCUGGAGAAAGGGGACAGGCGGACUCUGUCCUUCCUCUCUCGACACUUUGCUGCUAGAAAGACACAUGCUGCUCGUGCUGCUGCUCUGCAGACACUGAGCUGAAGAAGGGUGCGGUGCGCCGACGGCCUCACCACCGUCACUGACGCUUAUUGUUUGAUUUUUCUUGGGCAUCUGGUCUAUUUCAACAGUAAUUGUAUUAAAGAAAAAUGCAUCCUGAACAUAUACUCUUGUUUUCAUUCAUU